CGAAACACCUUAUCCGAAAGUGUGAUGCCCUUGUGGAGGAAUAUCAAGAAAGAGCUCAACUUCUUUCGGAUCCAUGUUUUAUUCUUCACCUUCACUCCUCUAAUCUUCUCCGUCAUAUUCUACCUCGCAAAUGGAGAGUACAAGAUCGCCUACAUUGAUGCCCUCUUCCAAUGUGUUACCUCUAUGACCGUUUGUGGCUUGACCACGAUCAACCUCAGCUCCUGUACGCCGUUCCAGCAGGCCCUUCUGUUCAUGCAGAUGUGUAUCGGUAGUCCAAUCGUCAUCUCUUGGGUAACGGUCUGUCUUCGAAGGCAUUACUUCGCAAAGAAGUUUGACUACAUUAUCGAAGCGGAGGCAGCUCGCCGAGCAGCAAUAGCGAUGGAACGCCGCAUGACCCGCGAGGCAACCCACGAGGCUGCCUCUAUGGCACCUACCGCGGCUACUGCAGCAGAAUCGGGCACCCUAUCUCGCUGGUCGUCCAGACUCACGGGGCUCCUCCGCAAGGGUUCGCGCGAUCCCGGCGAAAGUCGUGCCGAUAGCCCCGACGAGGAAGGGGGCAAGAAAGUACGGACGGACAUGAUCCGCAGGACGGACGAAGCUCCCAAGCUCAUCAACCCAAGCGGGUGGAUUACGGAGGGCAGCCGAAGAUUCAGCGAUACACUUCGUUAUACGAACGAACCGAUGAGCUCUUCAUCAGAAGGGAAGACGAGUCAAGACUCUGAGGAACCACGUGAGGAGAAGGGAGAAAAACAUGCUGAAGUCGAAAAACCUGCACAAGAGGAGGAUUUGCAGAGUGUACAGUCUCGCGAGCGCAGGAUAUCAGACCCAGGCGCUGGCUUGUCGGACUCGGAACACGCGCCUCGACGCAUGUCGGUAACAUCCAAUACAGGUGCUCGCCACCGCAAUCACCCCAGUGUCACUUCCAUCGGCAUCCCACGAACAUCCACCAUCGAGUUCGCACCAGCAGCAACCCGGCCUCCUCCUGCUCCUCUACCUACAAUCCAGAGCAAUCGUGUCUUCGAAGGUGGACAAGGGGCCUCUAUUCCCUUUGAGAAGCACACAACUCGUGAAUCCUACGCCCGUCCUCGUGGACGACGCAUGUCCGUGGCCAACCAGGGUGUUCCUAUGGGUGGGCGCAACGCGACGAUGCAGACCUACCGUUCCGGGCGUGCACGGAGGCCCUCUGUCUCUGUUACACGCACGCAAUCAAUGCACCCAACCGGCGUUGAGCCACCAGACUACUACGGGCCUACGCGAGCAAAGGACAGUGGGUUUGGAGGGUUCCCUUUGCCGCACAUAAUAUUGGGCAAUCUCAUCAACAGGCUAUUUCCCAAGUUACGUUCACGCUUUAGCCGGACUAUGACCAUCCCGAUGUCGCGUACCUACACUGGCACGGGCAUGGGUGCGCGGACAGCAACUAUGACUGGAGCAGGGAUGCCACGCACGGGCACAGUUCAUACGACGCGGACGGGGGGCACGAAGGAGGUCGCAUACAUCUCGUUUGACGCAAUUGUGGGGAGGAACUCGACGUUUCACUGGCUCACGAAUGAGCAACUUGAGGAGCUGGGAGGGGUGGAAUAUCGCGCUCUGAACGCACUGCUGUGGAUCGUCGCUGUGUACCAUCUCGGCGUCCAGCUUAUCAGUUUCAUAGUCAUCGCUCCAUAUGUGUCGCAGUCGCGGUAUGCGAGCGUGUUUGUGCCGCCCAAUUUGUUUCGAAAAAUCGCCCCAUCCUGGUUCUCAGUAUUCCAAGUUGUAUCGGCGUAUACCAACUCGGGCUACUCACUGGUCGACCAGUCCAUGAUUCCCUUUCAGACAGCAUACCCCAUGAUAUUCUUCAUAAUCUUUUGUAUCUUGGCUGGAAAUACCGCCUUUCCUGUAUUUCUGAGAUUUUUCAUUUGGGUGAUGGCGAAACUCACACCGAGAUCCAGCCGGAUUCGAGAAACGUUGCACUUCCUCCUGGACCACCCGCGGCGAUGUUUCAUCUACCUUUUCCCGUCGCACCAGACGUGGUUCCUGUUUAGCUUGCUCGUGUUCCUCAACUCGGUGGACUGGUUCUGUUUCAUGGUGCUCGACAUUGGCAACACGGUGAUCGAUUCAAUCCCGCUCGGAACCCGCUUUGUCGCAGGCCUGCUGCAGGCCGCAGCAGUGCGCAUGGCCGGCUUCACAAUCAUCACGCUCUCGGCAGUUUCGCCAGCAGUUAAGGUCAUGUACGUGUUGAUGAUGUACGUCAGUGUGUACCCGAUUGCGAUGAGUGUACGCUCGACAAACGUGUACGAGAGCCAGUCGCUCGGAGUAUGGAGAGAGGAAGACGACUACUCGGAGGAGGAAGACCAAUUCGCGCCGACGGGUUCGCGUAUGCAGGUCUGGGGUCGGUAUCUCGCGCUACACGCGCGUAGGCAGCUGGCGUUCGACAUGUGGUGGCUUGGCCUGGCGCUUGUCCUGGUUUGCAUAAUCGAGCGCGGUAAUAUCAACGACGUCAACGCUUCCUGGUUCGACAUCUUUCCUAUCGUUUUUGAGCUGGUCUCGGCGUACGGCACUGUCGGCCUCAGUCUUGGAAUCCCCACUGAAAACUAUUCUCUGUCUGGUGCAUUUCACCCACUCUCAAAACUCAUCGUCUGUAUCGUCAUGCUCCGCGGGAGACAUCGCGGCCUACCCGUCGCAAUCGAUCGCGCGGUUAUGCUCCCAUCCGAGUUUAAGCGGGUUGACGCCGAAGUGGCUCAAGCCGAAGACGACGACGCCGCAGCCGCAAGCCUGCGCGAACGAGCUUUGGACAUUGAUUUGAAUGGCUCGCGAACGAACCUUCCGAACGGAAACGGCAACGGAACUGCAGCGCAGCCGGCUGGCGAGGACUCGGGUGAGUUGCGCCGGCGUGCGGUGCAGAUGGAAAACGCGGAAGACCGGGCACUUCGGCAUGCCCAUGUUGAUGUUGUCCCGGAGUGAAGGGAUGACUUGUCGUGUCUUCCACAAACCCGUUGGUAAUCUGAUUGACGGAGUUUGCUCUCCAAUUACGAGCUGCAUGCAGUGCGAUUUAGUACUGAUCAUAGACAUUUUUCUUGCUGUGUUGUUCCGAUGGUGGAUCCCUCUCGCAUUGUUUUACGCUCACGAUAAUCACGGCUCCAAAACCAUCCCUACUUAGAUCUAUAGAUGUGCGUCACGAUAUACAUUUAUACCAUAUAGGCUAUUGUUUAGUGUUACCUCUCAUCCCUAUUCCCCCGCCUUUUCGAGUUGUUUAUCUGUUUGUUUUGUUUGCUUGCUUUCAUCGUGUUAGCACAGAUGUUUUGUUACCACAUUUAAUCCGUUUUACC